AUGAAUUAUCCAAAAAGAUUUUCGAUUGGCAAGAUGUAUUAAAGAGUAUUUGUCAUAAUAUAAUGUUAAAGGAAAAAGGAAUUUAUUAGAAAGAUUAAGAUAGCACAUCUUUUUAAAAAGGCCAAAUAACAGAAUAUGAAGAAGAUUAUAUAAAUUAAGGAUUGGAAUUAUAGAAUGUUGAACUAGCAACAUUCUAUUUAAAAAAUGGAUUACCAUAUAGAGGUUUGAAAGGUAAUAUCAGAUUGUUUUGAUUAGGGAACAGCUACUGAAAAUAUUCCAGUGAAUUGUCCUUUGGUUCAAGUUCCCCGCCAAUUGAUAAUAAGUAGCAAAACUGCAUUUGAAUCUAGUCAUAGAGCCUUUUAUUUUAAACAUAGAUAGUUUUUUUUAGAUCAUGAAGAAGGAGAAGAACAUGUAAUAAUAGCAUUUCUUAUAAUAAAUAAAAGAGAUGGAUUAAGAUCCAAGUAUUUUAGAUUUAUUGAAUAAUUACCGAAAGAUGUUAAUAUGCUGAUAUUUUGGCCAGAAAAUAAAUUGAAAUUACUAUAAGAUGAAAAUUUAAUUCUAAAAGUUCACAAAUAAAAAUAAGAAUACGAGUAGACUUAUUAAGUAUUUAAAUUAAUUAUGAAUGCUACAGAGGAAGAAUUUUAAUGGGCAUAUACUAAUUUAUAUACAAGAGAUUUUGGACAUAAUUUAAAAUAUAAAAGUCUAAUACCUUUUUGUGAAUUCUUCAAUCAUGAAUGCGUUGAUGUACAUAUUUCUUUCUUGUCUGAUUAAAAUUAAAAAAAGAAAAUCAAUUAGAUUUAAUAUAGUAAUAAUAAGAAGAAUAAAAAAGGAAAAAAGAGAAAAUAAAUUAUAAAAAAAAAACAAGGAUUUUAUGAAGAAGAAGAACUUUAGAGUGUUUAAUCAUCUUCAGACUCAGAUAAUUCUUUAGAUUUAGAUUCAAAUGAAUCUGAUCUAGAUUUAUUUAUUGUAGAUCAAAUAGUAGAUUGGGCUAGUAAAAAUAAUUUAGAAGAAGAAACAUAUGAAAUAUUAAGACAUUAUUUACUUUAUAAUGUUUUAUAAUAUUCUGAGAAAUAAAGUAAAUAUGAUAAGAAAGUAACUAAAAGAAUAAUUAAUUGGAAAGAAGAAGAAGAUUUUGAUUAUUUUUGCAUUAGUUCACAAUAGACUGAAAAUUUUCAAAAGGGAGCUUAGGUUUAUUUUAAUUAUGGAAGACUUUCAAAUAGAGAACUAUUAUUAAGAUAUGGUAUUGCGUUAGAAAAAAAUAAAUAUGAUCAUGUCUAUCUAAGAAUAAAUACAAGAGAAUUGCUAAAAAGUUAAGUGAAAAGAAUAUUUGAAAAAGAAUAUUUAUCAAUAAAACUAAAAUACACUGAGUUCCCUUUUGAUUUACUAAAAUUUUGCAAAGCUAUUAAAGAGUAUUAUUUAAAAUAGGUUUUAGAAGUGAGAACUAAGAUUAUUAUGAUCCAUAGAUUGUGUUAAAGAUAAUUAAUGUUUAGAGUGAAUUGAAAGGUUAAUGUUACUUAUAGAUAUAGGAUUGACAAAAGCCAUAGAAUUAUUACAGUAAUUCAAGACAGAAUUCAAAGAAGAUUUAACUUAAAGUGAUAUUUUAUUAAAGAAUAAAAAUUUGGGUUAUGAUGAGUAUUUUGCCUUGGUUUAUAGAUUAGAAAAGUAAAGAAUCUUACAACAUAAUAUUAUUUUACUAUAAUUGGCUAGGGAAAUUCUAUUAGAUCCUGAAAGAUUAGAAUAUACUUCUGGUUUGUAUGAAUCAACGUAAUAUCAGUAUACAUAUAGAAUAAUUCUAAAAAAGUACUUAGAACAAAUACUGAAAUCAUGA